GUUUCGUCUCCUCCGGCGUACUAGAUUCACCCCCCGAAUCUCCCCUCAACCGCGCCGCGGCUUUUCCACCGCUGAAUCGGCAGCCAUGUCGAUGUCGAAAAGCUCCAAGAUGCUCCAGUUCAUAAACUACAGGAUGCGAGUAACAAUCCAAGACGGAAGACAGCUCGUGGGGAAGUUCAUGGCCUUCGAUCGCCACAUGAACCUCGUCCUCGGCGACUGCGAGGAGUUCCGCAAGCUCCCACCAGCGAAAGGGAAGAAGAUCAACGAGGAGAGAGAAGAUCGGCGCACGUUAGGUUUGGUUCUGCUAAGAGGGGAAGAAGUGAUCUCCAUGACUGUCGAAGGACCUCCUCCUCCCGAAGAGUCACGUGCCAAGGCUGGGGGAGCGGGUAUUGUUGCUGGGCCUGGAGUGGGCCGUGCUGCUGGACGUGGAGUUCCUACUGGGCCUUUAGUGCAAGCUCAGCCUGGGCUUAGUGGGCCUAUUCGUGGAGUUGGUGGGCCUUCGCCUGGGAUGAUGCAGCCUCAGAUCUCGCGGCCUCCGGUGAUGCGGCCUCCGGGGCAGAUGCUUCCGCCGCCUCCGCCGUUCGGUGUUGGUGGGCCUCCGGCGAUGGGGAGAGGUGUUCCGCAGGGUCCGCCUCCGCCUUACGGGAUGAGGCCGCCGCCGCAGUUUGGUGGACCGCCGCCUCCGUAUGGGGGGCAGAGGCCGAUGGGGCCUCCGCCUGGUGGGAUGAUGAGGGGGCCUCCUCCGCCUCAUGGGAUGCAGGGACCGCCGCCGCCUGGGCCGCCUCGUCCUGGAAUGCAGGCUCCUCCUGGAGGGUUUGCUCCGCCGCGUCCUGGUAUUCCGCCGCCGCCUAAUCAGCAUAAUCAGCAGCAGUGAGGAGGUUUGAGAUGAAUAUGCGUUUUUUUGUUGUCUCUGCUGUUUAGUGAGAUUGUGUCGUCCUUUCAUGUUACUGUUUCCCUUUCAUAACGUUUAGAUGCAAUGUCGGAUCUAUCUUUAAAAGUUUGUAGAUUUGUUGACCAGUGAGUGUCUUUAGCCUUUUCUUCUUGUGUUUCCUUUAAAAGCAGUUCCAUUAAAACUGGUUAUCACUAUCUUAUUUGGGCCUGAUCGUUAUACAUUGCUAUCUGUUUUUAGUAGGGGAAACAAAUUUAUGAUGACAUAUAGUUAGUGUCUUU